UGCUCUCGCUGUUAAGAGGAGCGGAACAGAGCGUACUCGGAUCGCGCACACGCUAACCGCAGACACUUCCGAACCGAGUGAGCUUGUCUGUCCCAUCCUCACCAUGGCUCCUGGAGAGAAGAUCAAAGCCAAAAUCAAGAAGAAUCUGCCCGUGACGGGACCUCAGGCACCUAACAUCAAAGAGCUAAUGCAGUGGUACUGUCUGAACACCAACACCCACGGCUGCCGCCGCAUUGUGGUGUCGCGUGGCCGCCUCCGGCGCCUGCUCUGGAUUCUCUUCACGCUGACAGCCGUGGCCCUCAUUUUCUGGCAGUGUGCCCUCCUCAUCUCAUCCUUCUACACCGUCUCUGUCUCCAUCAAAGUCCACUUCCAAAAGCUGGAUUUUCCUGCGGUCACCAUCUGCAACAUCAACCCUUACAAGUACAGUGCUGUGCGCCACCUCUUAGCCGACUUGGAACAGGAGACCAGAGCGGCCUUGAAGCACCUGUAUGGCUUUUCAGAGAUUACGUCUCGGAAACGCCGAGAGGCACAGUCCCGGAGUUCAGUCAGGAAGGGCACUGAUCCCAAAUUCCUCAACCUAGCCCCACUGAUGGCCUUCGAGAAGGGUGAUAUGGGCAAGGCCAGGGACUUCUUCACCGGACGGAAGCGGAAAGUCAACGCAAGAAUCAUUCACAAGGCAUCAGAUGUCAUGCAUAUCCACAAUUCCAAGGAGGUGGUGGGAUUCCAGCUGUGUUCCAAUGACACAUCCGACUGUGCGGUCUACACCUUCAGCUCAGGGGUCAAUGCUAUCCAGGAGUGGUACAAGCUGCACUACAUGAACAUCAUGGCACAGGUGUCUCAGGAGAAGAAAAUCAACAUGAGCUACUCUGCUGACGAGCUGCUGGUCACUUGCUUCUUUGACGGGGUGUCCUGCGAUGCCAGGAACUUCACGCUUUUCCACCAUCCAAUGUAUGGGAAUUGCUACACAUUCAACAACAGACAAAAUGAGACUAUCCUCAGCACCUCCAUGGGAGGCAGUGAAUUUGGGCUGCAGGUCAUCCUGUACAUAAAUGAAGAAGAGUACAACCCCUUCCUGGUGUCCUCCACCGGGGCUAAGGUGAUUGUCCAUCGGCAGGACGAAUACCCCUUCAUUGAGGACAUGGGAACGGAGAUUGAGACAGCCAUGGCCACCUCCAUAGGAAUGCACCUGACGGAGUCCUUCAAGCUGAGUGAUCCCUACAGCCGCUGCACGGAGGACUGGAGUGAUGUGCAGAUCACGAACAUCUACAAUGCCACGUAUUCCCUCCAGAUCUGCCUUCACUCGUGCUUCCAGGCAAAGAUGGUAGAGAACUGUGGGUGUGCCCAGUACAGUCAGCCUCUACCUCAGGGAGCCGACUACUGCAACUACCAGCAGCACCCCAACUGGAUGUACUGCUACUACCAACUGCACCAGGCCUUCGUCCGGGAAGAGCUGGGCUGCCAGUCGGUGUGCAAGGAAGCCUGCAGCUUUAAGGAGUGGACGCUGACCACCAGCCUGGCACAGUGGCCAUCAGAGGUCUCCGAGAAAUGGUUGCUGUCUGUUCUCACCUGGGACCAAAGCCAGCAAAUAAAGAAGAAACUCAACAAGACAGACUUGGCCAAACUCUUGAUAUUCUACAAAGACCUGAACCAGAGAUCCAUCAUGGAGAACCCUGCCAACAGUAUCGAGCAGCUUCUGUCCAACAUUGGUGGCCAGCUGGGCCUGUGGAUGAGUUGCUCCGUCGUCUGUGUCAUUGAGAUCAUCGAGGUCUUCUUCAUCGACUCCCUCUCCAUCAUUGCCCGCCACCAGUGGCACAAAGCCAAGGGGUGGUGGGCCCGGAGACGGGCACCCGCCUGCCCCGAGGCUCCCCACAUCCCACAGGGCCGGGACAACCCCGGCCUCAACAUAGACGAUGACCUGCCCACUUUCACCUCUGCCUUGAGUCUGCCUCCAGCCCCAGGGCCCCAGGUGCCCGGCACACCACCCCCCAGAUACAACACCCUGCGCUUGGAGAGGGCCUUCUCCAGUCAGCUAACAGACACCCAGGUGCCAGCUGAGUCCUGAGGCAGGGCGGGGAAGAAAGGUGGAGCCAAGACCACCAGCCACGGUUGAGAACUUAGUCUUCAGCACACAGGGCGUGUCUUCCCCCCCGCUGAGCUUUUCAAAGACAUUGUCUACGAGUCUGCUCUGAACGAGGUGGGCCUGGGCGUGUGCAGGGGACCGUCGGACCCCUCCCAGCCACACUCAUAAGGGCCGCCUAGGACGAGCUAGAUCCUGCAGGCCAAACCCCUUAGCACACCUGCUGCGGAGAGAGAUGGGGCCAAGGAGAUGGGGCCGGCCUGGACAAAGGCCAGGAGUGAAGCCUGACAGAGUUCUUGGCCAGAUCUUGAGAGAGAGAGAGUGAGAGACUCCUCUAAAGCACCAAGUUGGGGGUUUCAGCCGCUCCUCCAGCCUGGGCUGGGGCCCAAGGAUGUGACUUUACGUGUUGAGGCCUGACAUUCACUGCUUGGUGCCAAAGAUAGGAGGAAGCUCUGGGCCUGGAGCUGGAGCUGUUUGUGAGUAAACCGUUCCUAGUCGCUGACAUCAGAGAAGGCAAUGGCAACCCACUCCAGUACUCUUGCCUGGAGAAUCCCAGGGACGGCGGAGCCUGGUGGGCUGCUGUCUAUGGGGUUGCGCAGAGUCAAACACAGCUGAUGCGGCUUAGCAGCAGCAGCAGUCGCUGACAUUGGGGCAAGGUCUGCUCUGAGUCCUCAGGAGGGAGGUGGCUCAGGGUCCUUGGAGUGUUAGAGGGGUAGAGGGCCCUGUGGGGGCACCUAGGGGUGUGGCAGGAGGCCCUCACUCUGAGCUGGGGUGGGGAGGGGGGCAUAUUCUGGGCAGCUAAGCCAGUACUCUGGGCCCUUAGCAGAGAAGGGCCAGUUAAAGGACUCUGUUGGCCACUCCUGUCUGGUGGUAGCCCAAGGCAUGACUUCCUGAUAACCCACCUCAGCUGCUUUUUCUCCAAGGCAGACCACCUUCCCCCACUGAUUGGCCUGCCCCUCAGCAGCAAGUCAGCCACGUGGACAGCUACCUCCUGCCAUAUCCACACCUUCCAUGAUGAUGGGAGCUGACGUGUGUUAAGCACACAGUAGGUGCCCACUAUCAGCUCAAGAAUCAUGUGCUGGCUGCUGCGCUCAGCACUUACAAAGAUUGGCAUAGGGGACUGCAAACUUCAACCCACAAGCCAAAUCCUGUUUUUGCCUAUGACCUAAGAGUGAUUUUGGCAUUUUUUUAAAUACUGUUAAAAAUAUCAAAAGAAGGACCAUUUGUGACAUGAAAACUAUAUGCAAUUCAAGUUUCAGUGUCCAUAAUAAAGUUUUAUUG